AUGAUGGAUAACCCGGUCGUGGGUGGCCUUCUGCUUAUUCUUGGUGCAAUUUACGGUUUCCUACUCAACCUCUUGUCUUGGUUAUUCGCGCUUCUUUACUUGCUGGUGAGCCCCUUGCUCUACCUUUUGCAUGGCCUCCUCAAAGUAGCUUUAUUCCCACUCCAAAUCUUGAUCAAAUUUGAGGCAUUUCUAUAUUUUGUGACAGGAGCGGUGAUUACAGGAGUCACUGUGGGCCUGUUCCUACACUUUACUGGAGAUGCUUUGUCCGAGCUCCUUCGGCUACAGUCGAGCCCGUCUCCAUCACCAAAGGAUGAACCAGCUCUGAAGACAGAGCCCAUAGAUUGGCAGUCAAAAUGGGAUCAUCAACUAUUGUCUUCAACGAUCCCAGAAGAGGAAGAGAAUAGCUCGGCGUGA